GAGAGGCCUGGGCGGGUCUCAAACGGGAGGAGAGAAGGUUCGUGUCACUCAAGCCCGAGGGCGGAGCUAAUUCCGGCUCCCCCUACCCGGCGCUCUGGCCCGUAAAGACGCUACUCUAUGGCACCUCGGGUUCCCUCUGUCUGCGUUCUGGAGGACCACACUCGUUUCCCUUUUGGCUGCGAGAGGUCCCGCCGCCGUGGCUGCGCUGGAAGAAAGAUGGCGGCUGCCGUGCGACAGGAUUUGGCCCAGCUCAUGAAUUCGAGCGGCUCUCAUAAAGAUCUGGCGGGCAAGUAUCGUCAGAUUCUGGAAAAAGCCAUCCAGUUAUCUGGGACAGAACAACUAGAAGCUUUGAAAGCUUUUGUGGAAGCAAUGGUGAAUGAGAACGUCAGUCUUGUGAUCUCACGGCAACUGCUGACAGAUUUCUGCACACACCUCCCUAACCUGCCGGACAGCACAGCCAAGGAGAUCUAUCACUUCACCUUGGAGAAGAUCCAGCCUCGAGUCAUUUCCUUUGAGGAACAGGUUGCUUCCAUAAGACAGCAUCUUGCAUCCAUCUAUGAGAAAGAAGAAGACUGGAGAAAUGCAGCCCAAGUGUUGGUGGGGAUUCCUCUGGAAACAGGACAAAAACAGUACAAUGUAGAUUAUAAGCUGGAGACUUACCUAAAGAUUGCUAGACUGUAUCUGGAGGAUGAUGAUCCUGUUCAGGCUGAGGCUUAUAUAAAUCGAGCAUCCCUGCUUCAGAAUGAAUCCACCAAUGAACAGUUACAAAUACAUUAUAAGGUAUGCUAUGCACGUGUCCUUGAUUACAGAAGAAAAUUUAUUGAAGCUGCCCAAAGAUACAAUGAACUCUCUUACAAGACCAUAGUCCACGAGAGUGAGAGACUCGAGGCCUUGAAGCACGCCCUGCACUGCACCAUCUUGGCAUCAGCAGGACAGCAACGUUCUCGGAUGCUCGCUACUCUUUUUAAGGAUGAACGGUGCCAGCAGCUUGCUGCGUAUGGGAUCCUAGAGAAAAUGUACCUAGACAGAAUCAUCCGAGGGAACCAGCUUCAAGAGUUUGCUGCGAUGCUGAUGCCUCACCAGAAAGCGACUACAGCCGACGCAGCUGAAGACAGGAAGGAGAAUACAGACCACCAUAGUGUGCAAGGCAUGAUGGCAGGCGUGGGAGAUGGCUGGUCACCUAGUGUCGACAGUUCCAGCAUCUUGGACAGAGCUGUUAUUGAGCAUAAUUUGUUGUCAGCAAGCAAAUUGUAUAACAAUAUCACCUUUGAAGAACUUGGAGCGCUUUUAGAGAUCCCUGCAGCUAAGGCAGAAAAGAUAGCAUCUCAAAUGAUAACAGAAGGACGUAUGAAUGGAUUUAUUGACCAGAUUGAUGGAAUAGUUCAUUUUGAAACACGAGAAGCCCUGCCAACAUGGGACAAGCAGAUCCAAUCACUUUGUUUUCAAGUAAACAACCUUCUAGAGAAGAUUAGUCAGACAGCCCCAGAGUGGACGGCACAGGCCAUGGAGGCCCAGAUGGCCCAGUGAGCCCUUGCCGAGCGGGCUCUGUGCACGCUGCAGCAUUGCCACUUUGUGCGGGUUGACUUCACUGCCCUCCAAAGCAUUUGCAUCAUGACCUUCUACAUUUCAGCCCUUUAUGCCGGAUCCUUUAAAGAAGAUGCUAGAGAGGAAGCUGAGCAUUUAAACAUAGCGGUUCCCACGUAUUUGGGGUCUAUGUGUUAACCCAGCUCAGAUAUUUUGAAAACUUGUUCUUUAAGCAGAAGUGAAAGCUCUGUGAAGAGACCUGGGAUUUGUGAGAACUUUGUAGUCAUGUAACCUCAGUGCUUUGUGCCUCUCCAAACGUGGUUACUCUAAUAAAUGGAGCAAUGACCCAAAGAAAGGGAGUGCUGAUUUUGAA